AUGGUUGUGCCAAAAGAAAAGGAAAAGGUAGGUCAAAAAGAUAAUUUCAGUUCAGAACUACGGUUUGACUAUGCAUCAUAUGGUGGUUUCAAAGAAUUAGGAACGUCUAUUAAGAAACAGCCAGUUUCUAACGGAAAAGCACAACGAAUAUUUAACCAUUGUCUAUUUGCAAGCAAAAGAGGCAGUGAGCGUGCAAGACAAAUAUAA